GAUUUACAAUGCUUUAAUCAAUGUCUUUAUACAUUAUGAAUUAAUAUACCAUAAAGCAUGGUAUGAUUCAUCCGAAAUUGUAGGUAUAACUAUCGCUAUAUAAACAGUAAACUAAUGAUCAUUUGAAUCAUCGCUUAUUGCAAUUUAAAGGUUCGAUUAGCAUUAGCUUCACCUCUACUUAUACGGCAUCCAGAUACAAAUAAAUAUCACUUAAAUUUUGACUCUUAUAUUAUUGAAGUGAUACGUGAGUCAGAACACAUGGCUAGAUUUAACUUAGAAGUACCGGACUUUAUACAGAUCAUAACAUUCUGUAAAGAUAAAAUUUUUUCAUCCUAUGAAACUGUGAAACAAUUAGUCGAAGAAAAUAAUGCAUUGAGGCGAAACAUUCCAACAUUGUUUCUAAAUUUGAUAAAAAGUGUUCUUGUUAAUCUUGAGAUUGCUUUUCAACCCUGUCUAUCAGUAGUAACAUGGACAAGUUUGAAUAUCUCUGAAUCAUGUGAAGAAAUAAAAAAAGCUAUUCGAUCUAUGCAAGUUUUUGUAAAAGAGAUAACAGACAUGAAGGAGGCAAGAGUUGAUGAAAUCUUUGAGUCUAUUGCAGAUGCUAUAUUAGUGAAACUUAAUGGUAAUCCAAAACCUCCAACACAGUUAUUGGAUGAUAAUAUUGCUUUUGGAAGUACAGUUGCUUCUGACAUCGAAAUAAAAUCGUCAGCAGCAGAAAAAGCAGUC